AAACCCUCUGUUUUUUUCCCCGGUAGUAGGGUUUUCGCUGCUUUCUUUUGGUUUGCUACGCUUCCGGUCUGCUAGCCUGCCACGCUCCAGCAAAACACAUAUCUUCCCACUUUCCUCUUCCUCAAUCCCUCACCCAUUGGCAGCUGCCAGCUUGUUCAACUGCGGCCUAGUCUCUCUCUGCGCUACGACUUCUAUUCCCGAUAAAGAUCUGUUUUUUUGUUGUUUGCUUGCUCGACCUGAAGAAACGGAGUAGAUGAAGUCGGUGGUGGGAAUGGUGGUUUCGAACAAGAUGCAGAAAUCUGUGGUGGUUGCUGUGGAUCGGCUCUUCCACCACAAGCUUUACAAUCGUUACGUGAAGCGGACUAGCAAGUUCAUGGCUCACGACGAGCACAACGAGUGCAGCAUCGGUGACCGGGUUAGAUUGGAUCCAUCUAGGCCGCUUAGUAGGCACAAGCAUUGGGUUGUAGCGGAGAUCCUUCGUCGGGCUAAAGUGUACACUCCACCUCUUCCACCUCCGGCCGCCGCUGCUGUUCCAUCUCCCGAUCUUGCUGAAAAUCCAAACUAGUAAUGCUCAUAAGAUUUACUCACACAUUUUGAUUUUGCAUUUUAAAGUGAAACAUUUCUGUCUGAAAUUUGGGAGUUAAUGCUCUUGUCUUCUGUUUUUCUUCUUUCUUUCGCUUUCAUUGCUCCCCUUCCUCUCUUUUCAUCAUUCUUUGUAAAUAAUGCAAGGUGGUUAAUAGCAUAGUUCUGUUGUUGUUCUUAUUGUU